AUGGACUGGUCUUUCAAGAAUCAGGCAGUCUUGUUUGCUCCUGAAAAUGCAUUCUCGAGGAAACGGAAACGCGGAAAAGACACUACUCCACAGUCCGAUUCAGAGUCAAAAAUCAUCAUCUUUCAACCAAAGACUGCGGCCACGAAUUUCACUCCUCAACACGUGUCAACGCUCAAUACGACAACGUAUCAUGGAAGUCUAGAUCCUGAUCAAGCGUUCUGGGAUGAACGUGGUAAAAAUGUCGCUACCCUGGACUCAUCGGGCAAAUUCGUGUUAUGGGGUGCUCCGCAGUACUCGAAUGUUUGGCGUGCUUUAGGUGCAGUAGAUGCUGGUAGCAGAGUCAUGAAAUUCAAAUGGUUGCGAUAUGAAGAAGAUUAUAUAUCAACGUCACAAUCGUUGGCCAGACCUGUGGUACGAAAUAGUACCACUAGCAAGAACAAAAAUAAUGUAGAACCAAUUGAUUUGACAUCGGAUGAUGAUGGAUCUGGUGCUAAUGGUAAACAUGGUCAGCCAAACCAAGAACCAUUCUUUGUAAAAGGUCCGCUCAUGGGCCCGAGAGGACCUGCAGCACCUAGCAAACCGGGCAGACUAGAUGGAUUUGUAGUGGUAACCGAAGACGGUAAAAUAAUACUGUAUUUCCAAGAUGCCUCGAAUGUAGUUAGGUUUAUAACAGCCACCAUACCUGGUAUGGAGAAACCACCCAACAAACCUUCGGCAUCAGAUCAUGACAACCUGCCAACACCUGAUAAAUUGACACAUGUGGAUAUAUACUUGGCAGAAUCUGAUCACAUGUUUUUGGCCAUAUAUGGGCCGGGGACUAGUGAGAGAUGUAUAUGGACGUAUGAUGUUGAAGUUGAUAUACGGACGGAGAGUAUGAUAAUUCAUCCUUCCGCUGUUAUAUCCGUGGCGUCGCCAUUCAUGAGUGAUGGUAGUAGUGCAACCUCGGAACUAGCUACAGAGCUACCAGCAUCGUCAUCGUCGUCUGUCUUGUCACUACAUGUCCUCAAUCCAAAAACCGUGAUUGCUACAUUUGGUAGACUGGCGUCAGCAUCUAGUAGCAGUAGUUACGAUAGUGCAAUGAACGCUGCUUCUGUUGAUACGAAACCCGAUGAUAAUGUAGCAACAACAGGUCAAGGUGCUGUUUGUGUUUGGGAACUAGUAGAAACCGAUGCACCUCCUGGUGAUGAUGGAGGUAUUUUUGGUCAAGAUCGAGAUGCGAAAAUUAUAACAUGGGUACUAGUAGCUUCCCAUGGAACUUUAAGCAGCUUUCCAACUGCUUUGACAACCAUCCAGCCGUGGUAUGCACCACCUGGAAUCGAAAUCAGUGCAGUCCUGGCCAUUGGAUAUUCUGAUGGUGCUUUAGAAUUACUAGAUUCAAAAACGCUCAAGAAGGCGUCGUUACUCGAAUUUAGAUUCGGACCACUAAAAAGUGAAGCGGAUAUGCCUCCUCCACCGCCUCGUAAACCAGCAACAGUAAAAUGUGAAAGUGUCAUACCAAACGGCCGAUCUGUAGGAUCUACUAGUAGUGUCGCUACUCUAGUUGACGCAUUAAGAAGACCAUCAGUUGUGAUUCGUGAAGAUCAAUUCAUGAACGAUAUGAUGGACUGGUCGUCUGCAGAAGAAGUCAAGGCAGAGCAGCAACAGGACGUGGAUGAAAUAUUUCAAAAUCUGAUGGAGUCUCCUGAAGCUGAUGCUAUCGCUGAUGCCAAAGAUAUCGUCUCUAGUCUUGCCACCACCGUAUUUAAUGAACCUAGUCCUGCUCAUACUGUGACUAUUGAUAGAGAACCAUCCAUAGCAGUACCACCAGUCAAGACUCCAUGUCGAGUUGUGAAUGCUGAUAUUAUAUUGGCCUUGUCUACUUCUCCUAAUGGCGUCAAUGUCAUGGCUGUCCGACAGGAUGCUUUAUCACGGAAAAUCAAGGUGGAUAUGGUUCCAAUGGUGACGAGAGAUGCUCCUGCAGCUCGAGCUCAUCCAGAAAAAGUCGUUAAUGAAUUGACUCGACAAGUCACUCUAUCCAUCCUCAACAACAAGGACGGGCAAGACUUGAUUGAUUUGAUCCACGUCUUGUCUAAACGGCUGCCACUGUACGAUCUACCAGAACUGGUUUUGGAACGUGUCUAUUCCGUUAUUGGAGGCGUAUUGAGGCCCUUAUCACCACAUAUCGCUAGUAUCUUUCCGCAUAAUCCUGAAUCAUCAGAGAUGAAUGUGGAAAAUCGUGUGAUUGGAUUUCAGUUAUCGCUCUAUCGGUCUAUUCCAACUCGUCAAUGUCAAUACUCGAAUGCAUUUGUAAUGAUUUCACUACAUCAUAUUCUACGAACCUUCUUCCAAUGCUGUAAUGAUACUUGGGAUUCUAGGAACUCCUUGCUCAAGCUAGUCAAGGAGAGAACGUGUAUCGAUACUCAGAACAUACCCAUCACUAUGCGGAAAGAUUCAUUACACUAUUUUCUGCCUCUUGCUCGAUGGGGUGUAGAAUUGGUCUGUGUCCUCCUCCGAGAAUUCUAUAUGACCGUCCAUAUUCGGAGACGUAAAAAGGAAGUGUUUCAAACUCCGGGCGUGUCUCAAACUCCGGGCGCAGCCGCUACUCCUACUCUUAAUCCUGGAGUUCUAUCGCCACAAUCUGCUAGUGAUGAAGCCAGGAGGCCUUGGAAGGGUGACUUUGAAAACCAAGACUUAUUGACAUCUCGACCAACAAAGCUGGCUUUAUUAUUCCAUACUCCUACCAGGCGGCUCAUCAAGGCUAUCUUGUUUGCUGCGAGAAUCUUCAAGAUGCAAUUGGGAUUCAAUAUUGCCACCGUCAAGAAUCAGUAUCAGAGUGCUCAUGCAAGCGCUCCCACUGCUCAACGGCAAAAGAUACUUGAACAAUUGAGAAACGACGCUAAUUAUUUGCAGCGUGCUGACCUCAUAUUCAGUCGUCCUCGUCUUAAACUGGAGGUGGCUCUAUCUCUACUCUUUGAUAUUGACGAUAUUAUAAGUCGGCCACGAGAUAUAGCCACCAGUAAUUCCCUGAACCCACUCGAUGUCUUGCCACCCGAUACGAAUUUAAGUGAAGCAGAAAGACGAGCAGCCUAUGAUUCCAUGCUUAUUCGAUCUAUAGUACCACCAUCGUAUGCCACGACUCUUCCGCUAGUUCGCCAAAAGUACGAUGGACACUUUAUACGCCUAUUUAGCCCAAUAGUAGCACCACCAAGACCUGCACCAGGUCAAGGUGUUCCACCACAGCCAGAAGACACAAUGACGAAUCUAUCAGCUGCACUCAUGUUGUUUGCCACGGAUCAAUCAUGGCUGGAACUCAAACCCAUGCCAGAACUUGACACGGUAGAUGACUCCAACACUAGAGAUGUUGAAUCAUUUCUCGUUGGUCAGCGGCAGCGAUUUGAUGUUUUAUCGAAAACCAAUUUUUGGUUUGCAAAGGGUAUUCGACAAUGUAAUAGAUGUGGGCAUACGUCUGGUUGUGUUACGGAAAGUGCAUCGACAGCGACUAGUAGUAGUGUUAGCAGUAAUAAUAGUAGUGGUGGGGAGACAGCAAGUGAUGUGAAGUCAUCACCCUUGAGUUUGAUUCCAAACCCAUUCAAGGGCCGACAGGUGCCUUGGGGUGAUGAAUUUGAUGCUGCUUGUAUAUGUGGUGGUUCUUGGAAGCAGUUAGCAUCGCUGAACGUAUAG